CUUGACGAUCCGGGUCAACGUUGAUCACCGUCCACGUCCAAUCACCAGUGUAAUACUGUGAUCCGAGGUUUGCGAACGUCUUCCGAGGAAUUCGACUGGGCGCCGAGUGGCGAGUAGCGAGCCGUUGCGGACCCUCAGCCCAUUUCUAACAUGUGAUUUCCGACCAAUACGUUAAUUGCGCAGUGACGAGGAAAUUCUCGUUUUAAACGAUUCGCCCCGAGGACCGGGCUAGUUUAGACUAGGCGUUUUUCUUUUGUUCUGGAGUUUCGAGCCGAUCUGGAAAUGACGGAGGAAAGCGAAAAGACGAGCGAGAGCGAAAGCGAGUCGGACACCAUCGCCCAGACACUCGCUUCCUACAAUAAACUCGCUUUGGACGAGACGAAACACACGACUUUAGUCAAGGAUAAAACAAUGGUACAGUUCCUAGCUUACUGUUUGGAUUCUAACGAUAACAAUGCUCUAGAGUUAUCUCUUCGAACCCUAGAUCUCCUUGCCCAGAAUCCAAAAAACAGGCAAGAAAUGAGUUCUACAUUUGGAGUUCUUGAAGCUCUUAAAGCCACCUACGAAAGGGACAUACCAGAGGAUCUAAGAAAACUUGCAAAGAAUGUGAAAACGAUUUUGGAAACACCAGUGACCCAAGAUUCAUUUAACCAGCCUGCUAGGCCUUCGCUGUUGGGAGACCAUAAUUAUAGUAAAAAGUUUUCAUCCAUUGUCUUCUCAUUCCAUGUCUUCGGUCUUAAUAAUGACUCUAGGGAUAACCUUGAAAGCGCAUUAGUGAGAGUCAGAGGUGUGAUCUCGGUUGUUGUGUAUCCGGAUCAUCAGCGUUGUAUAGUCAGAGUUAUUGAAAGAAUAACUGCUGAAAUGUUAGCAGAAGCUAUUUUGGACAAAGCAGGAUUGAUAGCUCACCUCGUCGUGAAAAAUAAAAAUAAUCAAGAGGUCUUAAAAGAUAUUCUUGGCAAGAAAAAGAUUCAAACGUUAAAUUUGGGCGGAAGGGGUGAUUUGAGCCCGAUAGCCGAAUAUAUCGAAGAUGCCGAAGAAAAAAACCUAUCGGACGAUGAGUUACCUCCUUACCUGCCUGAGGAAGAAUCUCCGGUCAAAGAGAAGGCGCUGCACCCGUUCGACCGGUUUAGAACAAGCGCUGCCAGUUGGGUCAAAACGGCCACAUCGUUAUUCCAGAAUUCGUUUUACUGGUGAAUUUACAAAAUAAAGAAAAACCAAUUUGUAUAAAUUCAACUGGCUGUGAUCUUUGCUAGUGAACAUCAUUAGUGAAUAACAUCUGACUGCGCAUUGUCAUAGAAUCGUCCAAAUUUCUCGUCGAUUUUUUAAGUAAAGUAAAGAAAUUUUUUUUCACAAAUUUGCGCCAUGUAGAAUAAAGCUUUACAUGUUUUGAAUUCAGCUUAUAGAAAAUAAU